AACCCCACUUUGUUUUUUCCCAUUUAAAUUCAAAAUUAAUCACACCAAACCAAAACUCUUUCUUUUCUUUCCCAAUUUUUCAUUUUCUCUCCUUUAAGAUUAGGUUUUCAAAAAACCCCAGCAACCAAAAAUCAACAACUUUUCAAAUACACACACACACAUUAACAACAUUACAUUACAUGAUUUCCUCUUUCAUUUCAUCUCCCCCAUUUUUUUUAUCAAUUCCGCCAUUGUUAAUAAUCUUCAAAAUCUGACAUAAUUCGAGUUUCUGCAACAAUCAAAAUGAUGUCAACAUCGCCAACAUUGAUGCGAAGUUCAUUAGAGGAGAUGUUAGAGAAUCUCCGUCGAAGAGAUGAAGACCAACCUAAAGAUAAUCCACCUGCAUUACCUUCUCGGCCGGUAUCCAAAGCUCGAUUACCUUCCGCAAGGAAGUCUUUGCCGGUGGGGUUUAAAGUGUCCGCUUCUUUACCACCUACCGCCACCGCCACCGCCACCGCCACCGCCGAUGAGAGGAAGAAAAUUCCAGAGGAUCUACAACGAGAAAAAGUCGGAGUUGGUCCAUGGUUUAGGAGACGGAAUAGUUUUGGAAGUAGUAAAAAGAAGAUUAAAUCUGAUCAGUCACCUUAUUAUUAUGAUGAUGAUGAUGUUGAUGCUGUGUUGGAGAUGAAAAUGGAGGAGAGAGAAAUUCGAGGUGGUUUUGAUGUUAAUAAUGCUCAACGACUUACCUCCACUACUACUACUUCUAAGGCUGUUGUUGAGUGGGAAGAUAAUGUUGAUUAUUUUAUAAAAAAGAAACUCCGUGUGUGGUUUAAGCUUCCUUCUGGACAGUGGGAAUCGGGAAGGAUACAGUCAACCUCUGGCGAGGAUUCUCUUGUACAGCUUGCAUCUGGGAAUGUCAUCAACGUCUUGAAAACAGAGCUCCUACCCGCAAAUCCAGAUAUUCUUGACGGUGUGGAUGACUUAAUACAGCUUAGUUAUUUGAAUGAGCCUUCAGUUCUUAGCAAUCUACAGUACAGAUAUUCGCGUGACCUGAUUUAUAGUAAAGCAGGGCCUGUUUUGAUUGCAAUCAAUCCAUUCAAGGAUGUGCAAAUAUAUGGCAGCAAUCAUAUCACAUCUUAUAGACAGAAGCUUGCAGACAGUCCUCAUGUUUUUGCGAUGGCAGAUGCGGCCUAUGAUGAGAUGAUGAGAGAUGGUGUGAACCAAUCUAUUAUAAUAAGUGGGGAGAGUGGUGCUGGGAAAACUGAAACAGCAAAGAUCGCAAUGCAGUAUUUGGCUACUCUUGGUGGUGGUGGAGAUGGAAUUGAACUGGAAGUCCUUCAAACAAGUCGUAUCCUAGAAGCAUUUGGGAACGCAAAAACAUCCAGAAAUGACAACUCUAGCCGAUUUGGCAAGUUGAUUGAAAUUCAUUUCAGUAUGACGGGAAAGAUAUGUGGUGCCCUCAUACAAACUUUUCUACUUGAAAAGUCAAGAGUAGUUCAGCUGGCCAGAGGAGAACGAUCAUACCAUGUCUUUUAUCAACUUUGUGCUGGUGCCCCAUCUGAUCUAAGAGGUAGAUUGAACAUCAAAAUGGCUAAUGACUACAACUAUCUUAAUCAGAGUAAUUGCUUGGUGAUUGAUGAUGUUGAUGAUGCACUGAACUUCUGUAAGCUUCAGGAAGCUUUAGAUAUUGUCCGAAUCCACGCAGAAGAUAGGGAAAGUAUGUUUGCAGUGCUUAGUGCAGUUUUGUGGCUUGGCAACAUUUCAUUUCAAGUUACUGAUAACGAAAAUCAUGUAGAAGUGGUGGCUGGUGAAGCUCUGACUGCUGCUGCCAGUUUGAUGGGUUGCACUGAGCAGGAUCUCAUGUUGGUUCUAUCGACUCGCAAAAUCCAAGCUGGCAAGGACAAAAUUGCAAAAAGCUUAACUUUACCGCAGGCAAUGGACACCAGAGAUGCAUUAGCAAAAUGUAUUUAUGCCAGAUUGUUUGAUUGGCUUGUGGAACAAGUAAAUAAAUCACUUGAAGUGGGUAAAAGGAGAACUGGAAGAUCCAUAAACAUUCUGGAUAUAUAUGGCUUUGAGUCAUUUCAGAAUAAUAGCUUUGAGCAAUUCUGCAUAAAUUAUGCAAAUGAAAGGUUGCAGCAACAUUUCAAUCGUCAUCUCUUCAAACUUGAACAAGAGGAUUAUGAAGCUGAUGGAAUUGACUGGGCUAAAGUAGAUUUUGAGGACAACCAAGAGUGCUUGAACCUCUUUGAGAAGAGACCUCUGGGGCUUUUGUCUUUGCUGGAUGAGGAGUCAAAUUUUCCUAAGGCUACGGAUUUGACUUUUGCCAACAAACUUGAGCAACACUUGAGCUCUAAUUCCUGUUUAAAAAGUGGUAGAGAUGGGGCAUUUAGUAUUUGCCAUUAUGCAGGACAGGUUCUUUAUGACACUAGUGGAUUCUUGGAGAAGAACAGAGACCCCUUGCACACUGAUUCUCUCCACCUACUCUUGUCAUGUAGCUCUCCAUUGUUGCAACUGUUUGCUUCUAGCAUGCUUGACCAAUCCCAGAAGUCUAAUGGUCUCAACAGCCAAUCUGCUCUUGACACCCAGAAGCGAAGUGUCGCAACAAAGUUUAAGAGUCAACUUUACAAACUGAUGCAACAGCUGGAAGAUACCACACCUCACUUCAUUCGUUGCAUAAAACCAAACAGUAAGCAGCAUCCUGGUGUGUUUGAAAAGGAUCUUGUCUUGCAACAGCUAAGGUGCUGUGGAGUUCUGGAAGCUGUUAGGAUAGCUAGAUGUGGGUAUCCUAAUCGGAUAACACAUCAAGAGUUUGCCCAAAGGUUUGGCUUCCUGAUAUCAGAUAAGAGCGUUUCUCAGGAUCCCUUGAGUAUAUCAGUUGCUAUUUUACAGCAAUUCAACAUCCUUCCUGAAUUAUAUCAAGUUGGCUACACAAAAUUAUAUUUUCGGACUGGGCAGAUUGGAGCGUUGGAAGAUACAAGAAAACAAGUUCUGCAGUCUGUGAUUGGAUUACAAAAAUGUUAUCGUGGCUACAGGGCUCGUGCUCAGUUUUUGGAGCUGAAGACUAGAAUUUCUUCAUUGCAGUCCUUCAUCCGUGGUGAAAGUACAAGAAGUAAGUAUGAUUCUUUGUUACAAAUUAAUAGAGCCAACUUGCAGAAGCACAAGAACAAGCAUAAGCAUAAGCAUAGUGCUUCGAAGGCAUUGGAUGAGCAGCAGAAAGCAAUCAUACAAUUACAAUCUGUGGUACGUGGUUGGUUGGCUCGGAAGCAUUUCGAUGACAUGCUUACCGCAGAAGACUCGGAUGUCAAAGAUAAGAAUAAAGUGAUUAAGGAUAGCAAAAGUGGACAAAUGAAGGAUUUAUUGCCAGCGAAUGUUCAGGUUUCCAAUAACGUUGUGGAGGAGCUUCAAAGACGGGUUGCAAGAGCCGAAGCAACUUUGGUUCAGAAGGAAGAGGAGAACGCUUCAUUAAAAAAACAGUUGCAACAAUACGAGAUGAGGUGGUCAGACUACGAGGCUAAAAUGCGGUCAAUGGAAGAUAUGUGGCAGAAGCAGAUAUCGUCUUUGCAAAUGAGCCUAGCUGCAGCUAGAAAGAGUCUUCCCCCUGAGGAUGUCACUGGUCAACCUGGAAGGCAAGAGGCUUCUCCAUCACCUCGUUCUUAUGAUUCAGACGAUAACUUGUUCAUGGGCCCUCAAACUCCUGGAGAAAGUACCCCCACCAAAUAUUCAAAUCCCAUUGCCGAAGCUCGAGAAGCUAAUGGAGGUGGCUUAAAUCCAGUGAACCGUUUAGCGAAGGAGUUUGAGCAGCAGAGACAAGCUUUUGAUGAAGAUGCAAGAGCUCUUUUUGAUGUCAGGCCACAGUCUACUCCAGGUAUGAGUUCCUUUAAUGAGCUUCGGAGAUUGAAGAUGAGGUUUGAAGUAUGGAAGAAAGAGUACAAAGUUCGGUUAAAAGAGACAAAAGGAACACUUCACAAGCUUGGGCAUGCUGAUAUGGAAAAGAACCGUCGGAAAUGGUGGGGAAAGCUGAGUGGAAGAGUACAUUAAGCAUAGAGAUAGGUUAAAAGUCUUGAAAGUUGUCUUGUAAAACUUGGCUCACCAACUUCUUGAGCAAUGAGGUUCUGUGGCAAUUGGCAUGAUGUGCAAGUUCAUCAUGCACCUAGGGAUAGAGGAGAGAGAUGUGUCAUGUGUGUUGUAUGUCUACCAAUUUUUGUUGCUUGGUGGAGAAACCGAUAAUCUCAUCUAAGGGGUCUCUUACACCUUAAAGCUGGAUAAUUACUGUCCUCUAGGAGAUGUGGCAACAUUCAAUGUGUAUAUAUGUUGUUAGCAAUGUAUUCUUUACUAUAUAGUGAAUGUAGGCUCGAAGAUGGGGAAGAUAGCCUUAGGUUGUGCUUGUGUGUAAAGUUGUAGCCAUCAAUCAUUUUGUUGGACUCUUGUAUCUCUUAUAAUGUUAUGUAUCUUCAUAUUCAACCCAUAUAAUCUUUUUAGAUGAAUGUUUUUUAUACAA